GCGGGGCAUAAACCACGCGUGUCCACCCACCCCAGCUGUAGCCCCGCCUCAUCGCCUGUUGGGAACAUGGCGGCGGCGAGGAGACACAGACUCGUGGCGGCUUCACAGCCUGGAUUUUUGCCCUUAAAGGCGGACCUGGACGGCAGCGGACAGACCACUGGACGCAGAAAGCGCGUCAACAAAAAUAAGAAGAAGAACUGGAACAAAUACAGCGACAUUCAGGAUGUGGAGGAGUUUCUGGACGACGUGAGACUCCAGGAGAGGGCAGCGGGAGGGCUGAUAGCUGACAAACCAGACGACAGCCUCUUCUUUGUAGAUACUGGGAACCAGAAGAGCGUUCCUGAGCCCGGUGGUGUUGGAAAGAAGGGCAGAAACUCAAAGCCACUCCGGAUAGAUUUAAUUCUACAGCCAGAUUCUCGUAUUGCACCACCUAAAGAUGUUUUGGCCCACCAGCGUCCCAAUGCCAAGAAGGAGCGUCGCAUUGCCCAGAAGGCAGAGAAGCUGGCUGCCAUGGGUGUGUUGCCACGGCGACAGAAGCUUCUCCGCAGACCUCCAGCAGCACCAUCCGUUAAGGAGAAGCCUGUAACCAGCAAAGACCCGGAGAGGAACUUCUACGACCUCUGGAGUGCAGGCGGUCCUGAGACGGCAGAUCUCUACUACCUCGAACAGACCAAGAAGAAGCUGGUUAAGAGACCAGAGAAGCUGAAUGAGAAGCCUUCAGUUCUCCCUGCUGUUGAAGUCAUUGCUCCAGGCGGCUCCUACAAUCCUGACUUCUUUUCUCACCAGGCUUUGCUGCUGGAGGCUCAUGAGGUUGAGGUGCAGAAACUGAAGGCAGAAGAGCGACUGCAGCGAAAACUAGCAAUAAAUAAGGCAGAUGUUGCUACUGAGAUGAGCACGUUUAAAGAACAGAUUGAAGGGCUGGUGGAGGAAGAGGAGGAGCCAAAUCCAGAGGCGGAGCAGGUGGCAGAUGCCGUCGACGAAAGUGUCGGUUCUGCGGCACAGCGGGAGAAGAAAACCGAGAAGCAGAGGAAGAAGGAGAAAGCGGAACGGAUGAAGGAGCUGCAGAAGAAGGCGGAGCGAAAGAUGAUUGACAGCCGGCAGCAACUUUUCAAGCUGCGCUCCAUCAGUGCAGAUGUGAAGGAGAUGGCGCAGAGGACCAGAAGGAGACGGGUGCAGCGCAAAGCCCGGCAAGAGGCCCAGAAAUCGCUGCCGCGCCGUCUGGGCAAGCUGAAGUUUCAGGCCCCUGAUCUGGACAUACAGCUGAGUGAUGAGAUUCCAGGGUCCCUCCGAACACUGAAGCCAGAGGGCAGCAUCCUCAAAGACCGCUUUAAGAGUCUGCAGAAGAGGAACCUGAUCGAGCCCAGAGAGAGAGCAAAAUUCAAGAGGAAACACAAGCUGAAAUAUGUGGAGAAGAGGGCCUUCAGAGAGAUAAAGUGAUCAUGGCUCCAGCGCUGCCUUUUGUGUUUCAGGAGCUGAUGUCAGAACAGUGGAUAAUGAAUGAAUGCUCAGUUGCCUUGUGGUGCAUCAUUUGGGGGAAACGGACUACAAAUAAGAAAAUCUCUCCUCCCUUCCAGGUUCCUCUCAGCAUAUUUCCUUAGAUGUGAAUCCUUGUAUGUAAAUAUAUUGCAUAUGAAGAGCCGGGAAUAAAUGUUCCUGUACUGCUUUUCAACUUAAAAGCCUGGGUUAAAACGGUAAAGCAGCGGCUGUAGAAGCCUGUCUGCUUUGAUACUUUUCAGUAAAAGCUGCAGAUUGUGGCUCCCCCCCCUCCUCCAAGCGUGGCUUAAUGCAAGGCUCCUGCCUGCCAAACAGCCAGGCUUAACAUCAGAGCCGAAAGGGCCCACCACAAUACGUGAGGCGAUUACAGUCUAAUAUUUAAUACUGUAUGUCAGGAUUUGGACUCCCCUGGGAGUUGUUUCUGUGAUUGUACUCACAUUCUUUUGAAGAGUGAUUUAAAUAUGUAUACAUUUCAGUCCCA